UUUCUGUCAAAAGCAUGCGCCCCAUUUCUAACCUCCAAAAAUGGGCGACACGAUUCAAGACUUGUUAAAGUUUAUCCAAAUCGGGGCCCGCCUGGACCUCAAAGCCGUCGCCGUCGCCCACAUCCUCGGCCUCACCGGAACCGACCCCGGGAUCGCCGCCCUGAUCGAGCACCCCGCCGUCCUCGUCUCCCUCAUCGCCCUCCUCGACGACAACAGCGCCCCCAUUGCUAAGGACUCCGCCCUCUGCCUCGUUAACAUCUCAGCCAACGAAAAAGCCUCCGAGCGCCUCGUGGACCUGGACAUCGCCGCCAACGCGCCCCCUUUGACUAAACCACCUGAGAACAUCGUGGCCACCACUCUAAAAUUCAUAUUCAAUGCAGAGAGCAAGUUGGCUGAUCCUUGUUGCAUGAUCCUGUCUAACUUGACUCGCCCCAGCCACCUCUGUGAAAAAAUUGUAGAAGCCAUCGAGAAAACUGGUAAAGGAUUCGACGACAUCGUUAACAUUUUCACUAAAAAGCAGUACAAUAAAGUGGGGGCGAACUUGCACUAUUUGGGGCCGGUGUUGUCGAACUUGUCACAGAGCAAGCGAGUGAGGGGGUUCAUUCUGGACAAGGAGCGGUGUGUGGUGCAGCGGCUGCUACCCUUCACGGAGUACAAAGACAGUUUGGUGCGGCGCGGGGGGGUUGUGGGGACCUUGAAGAAUUGUUGCUUCGAGGAAGACUGUCAUGAGUGGCUUUUGAGCCAAGAAGUUGAUAUUUUACCCAGAUUUUUGCUACCGCUGGCGGGGAAUGAGGAAUUCGAUGAGGAAGACAACGACAAGUUACCUUUAGAUCUGCAAUAUUUACCGGAGGAUAAGAGUAGGGAGGAGGACCCCGACAUCAGGUGUAUGUUGAUGGAAGCCCUGACUCAGCUGUGUAGUAUACGUAAAAAUAGAGAGUUCAUACGUGACAAAAACACGUACAUUAUCUUACGGGAGUUACACAAGUGGGAGAAGGACAGAAAGGCGCUUUUAGCGUGUGAGAACUUGGUUGACAUUUUAAUAAGAACUGAAGAGGAAAUAGGGGAGGACAACCUGAAGGAGGUGCACGUUCCAGAGGAUUUGCACGACGAUUUCCAGAAAGCCGACCAGGAGUUUUUGAGAGGGGAUUAGCCUCUCCUGAGGCGCCAUCACCGUUUUACCCUUUCUCUCCACGUAAUGUUUUUUUAAUCCAAUGAGGUCCCAGAGGGGAGGGUUUUUGAAUUGUUGACGUUCUGCCUCCCCUACGACGCCAUUUUGAACUCCCCUCCGCGACCUCAUCGCCUCCAUUUUAUAACCUAAUUUCUAAUAAAAUCUAUUUUGAUACUUCGCCAUCCGACAUCAAAGCCCUUCCACAUUCCCAGAAGCCGUCUUUGAUGUCUCACAAUAAUCAAAAGGUGCUGAAAUCCUGUCGCAAGUAUUAAUAGCGCCGAUUGAUCCGGGAACGCGCUAUUCAAAAUUAGCCGCUCCUGUAAUAAAGGUCGCAACCUGGGUCACCGCAUCGACAGACAAAUUAUAAAUGGAAGGAAACGCUUACUCGGAACGUCAGCACCUCGCUCCAGUGCAUUAAUUUUACGACGACCAUAUGUUGAAGGAGCCGUUUUAUAUAUAUAGUUAUGCGCUCCGAAAAAUACACAAAGAAUGCGUUGUGUACGUUAGGGUCCGCACAAACAAAGAACAAAUCUCUUAAUCCGCCUCUGCUGAUUUGAAUUUAUUGCGAUAUGGGUGCGCGCCGUUUUGUUUUGACUGAUGGAGUUGUAAUUGUCGCAUUCGCACCUAUUUAUCUAGUAGGCCACGAGGAGUUGACAGACGGCGUCGAUUGUUUUUCCGGGAGUGUACGGGGCGGGGCCGGGCCGGGGCACGCCCUCCGUGGAUGUUUCUUGGCGCUGCUGUUGGCAGACGAGAUUGUAAAUCAAAAAUGUUGGCUAAACAGAUGGACGUAUCGGACGGGUGUGUGUUGUGGUUUUGGGUCUGUUUAUGGUUUUUUGUUGUGAAGGGGAGGAGGGGGGUGGAAAGUGACUGGAGUUUUUUGGAGUGUAUGAAAGGGAGUCUUGAUCGCUUUUUUAGGGAUUGUGAUAACAUCUGUGUCAUGAUUUUUAUAUUUGUAGAAUGUUUAUUUUGUGUCGGAGUGAGUUUUUGCGGUGGGUAUUUAGACGGUGCGGCAAGAAUAAACAGCUGGAGCAAGAGAUUAAAGAAUUUUUAGGAAAAAUGGAAAAACUGAGAAAACUACAAAUUAAACUUUAUCUGAUUAUAAAUGCAAAUUUUUUUUUAAUUUCCACAAAUUGUUAAACUAUAAAGCACCGAUUCUAAGGUAAAAAUGUUGUUUUUAGUGAAAAAUAAAUACUUUUGAAAUU